AUGACGAGUUCCAAUCAUCCAUCUCCUCACAAAUCUCUAAGCUUCAAGACCAAAAAGGUGAAAGUCUUGACAGUCAAACCCGAAAUUUUUGAGAAACAAGUCAAUGAGUUGUUAUCUGAGAAAGCUGCUAUGAAAAGCUACAUCGUAGACGUCACCGGCAUGCUUUCAGAUAUCAUUGAGAAUCAUGACUCAAUAAUUAUGAUUAUGGUAAAGAUGCCUCUUGCUGAGAAACUAAGGCCCAUCUUCGCCAUGCUUCAUCGACUGGAAGGUGUUCUGGAAUCUAGCUCCAUUCUGAAACAAGGGGGAGAAGGUGUGCCACUAUCCAAGAAGGAAGACCCCAAACCUUCAGCCAAGCACACUGUCAAAAGUAAAUCUGAGCCUAAAGGAAAAAGAAAAACUUUUCAGUGA